GCUAUUGUAUUAUUUGACUGUGCUAGAGCGGUUUGCACGGUUCGCGCAUGCGCGUCACCAUUCCGAUGAACUGUGGAGUUAGGUGGGUGGGGGGGGUCGACCACAGACUCCCUCAUCCAUGGCUGCGGAGAGUUUCAGCGCAUCAGCAAGAAAAGAAACCCUGAAAACUAUUUAUUUUAAAAGGUGAACCGCGGGUUCGCACUGUUUCGUUGAUUUUGGAAGCUCGCGCAGAAACUUUUUCCUUCCUGACAGGAAUCCGCGCGCCCGCCGCUCGCGCUUUCCACGGACGCAGUGAAAUGAAUCAAAUGCUAUUGUGAUGUAAAAAUGAAGUCGGAAGCGAGCAAGGGCUGACAAACGGAGUUUAAAAGUGAGACCACUGCCCAGAAAAGUGGUACACGAAAUCAGAUUUGACUGCUUAUUUGCAAAUGUAAAUUUUUUUGAAAGGUUGGAAAAGUUGUGGUCGUUUCUUCAAUCUGACUGGCAGGUAGGGAUGUAAGGUAGGUGCUAGAAACAAGAAUCGGGAUUGUUAUAUUACACUGCGAUCCUGAAUGAAGUAAUUCGAGGAAAUGACCCAUCAUAUCAUUAAAUCUCCGACUGAGAAGAAACAUCCUUGGACGGAGUUUGUUGGCUGACUGAGUAACUUACUUUAAGGGACGACCUCGUCCAAUCUUUUCCCCAACAUUACAGCGAUGGAUAAUAGUUUUCCAGGCAGCAACAGUGCCGUGAUCCAAAAGGGAAAGUUGGUGUUCGUCGAGGCUCAAUUGCAGGGUGGAGCGCCCUGGGGUUUCACGCUCAAAGGUGGGCUUGAACACGACGAGCCGUUAAUCAUAUCGAAGGUAGAGGAGGGCGGGAAGGCAUCUCAGUUGCAGCACCCCCUGCAGGCCGGAGACGAGGUGGUCGUCAUUAACGAGGUGGAGUUGAGCGGGUGGAGGCAAGAGGCCAUAUCUCUUGUUAAAGGAUCGUACAAAACACUGCGGCUCACUGUGCGAAGAGAGUUCUGUUCUGACCCGCGUCCUCUCAGUCCUUCCAGAGACUGCAGAUGCAGUGGAGUCAAACUUCGCAUCAAAAACAGACGGAGUGAGCUUGGAUCUCGACCUCAUUCCUGGCAUUCUACGAAGCUGGGCGAGGGCCCUCAGGACUCAGAUAGCAUGAUGCACGUCACCCAGGGUGGUGUGGGAGCCCCCUGGCACCAGAGCUACCACUCCAGUGCCUCAACCACAGACCUAUCGGGAUUUGAGACAGGAUUCCUUAGGAAGAGCCCAGAUCAGUACAGUUCCCGGGGCAGCAUGGAGAGCCUAGACCACACUCACCCAGCCUACAGCUCCUGCUAUCAACUAUCAUCAUCCAAAUCCUCCAGUAGCAUUGAUCAUCUGCACAGCAAGCGGGAUUCUGCAUACAGUUCCUUCUCGACCAGCUCCAGUAUCCCAGAGUAUCUUGCGGCUGCACCAUCGUUUAACAAGGAGAGGUCAUAUUCCAUGGAGAACGUUCCACAGAGAGAAGGGAUGCACCAGGCUGAUAUACGCUACAUACGCACGGUGUACGACCCCCAACAGGGUGUGUCUGAAGAGCAUGAGAUAAGUUCUGCAGCCCUUAUGAAAUCCAGUGACAGCAGAGCACAAUCUAGAAGUGGGAAUGUCUCAGGCCAGAUCUGUCAUCGUGGCAGCAGUAGUAGUGGAAGCAGUGGGAGUAGCGGAAGCACCUCCAGCUCACAACGCCACAGUGUUGGGCCAGUCUGGGAUCCAGCGCACAACCGGCACUCCUAUGAGAACCUAAAGGGGGCUCCAGCCCCUCCAUUACGCAGUGACAGCUAUGCAGCAUUUCGCAAUCAUGAGCGCCCCAACUCCUGGUCGAGUCUUGAACAUGCUCGGUCGCAGCGGGCACUUCACAAGGGUUCCUGGCAUCACUCGAGUGGUUCUGUGGCAACAGGAAAGUCCUCGUUUGGUGCUGAAGGUCAGUUGCACACAGUCAUAGAAAAAAGCCCCGAAAGUAGCCCAACCACCAAACCUAAACAGGGUUUUCCUCAGGCUGCGCAACCCGGUCGCCUCAUGUUACCCACUAGCAUCUACCCUGUUCCACCUCCUGAGCCUCAUUUUGCACAAAUUCCAACCAGCAACCCAAGCUCUGGAAGUGUAUACCCAGCACUGGCCAAGGAGAGCAACCACAGCAAUCACUGUGACCACUUGGGUGGACCAGUGAAAGAGGACAGUGACACCAUUGAAAACGGAUACCAAAGCAAUGCUCCUAGCUCAAACCCUGUCCAAACUCUUGUUUCCGCACAACCAAAGCUCUCCGAUAGAGUACAAGAUGACACUCAAGUCAAACCUGUUUUUUAUCGGCCUCAUUCGCACCCACAAAUGCAGAAAACACAUGCACCAUAUGUACCCCAGGAAAGGAGGGACCCUUACACCCCUGUGCAACCAAGAGGAGAGAAACCAAAGUUCUCUCUUGGUAUGGAGGAUUACGACAACUACAGGCCACCUCAAGAUGAAGAACAAAAUAAAUGCAAAGAGCAAAGCAUCCAUCCAGACCCAGUUUACACUGGGAAAGUUUCACAGGCACAAGUUGCUCAAACAUACAGAGGAAACUUAAUGCAAACUCAAGGAAGUGACCGCAUGGUCAAACAUUCAAGGCAUUACAGUGACUCUAGUGCUCUCCAGGAGAGAGGUCAAGACCUGGAUCACCCCCUGACCAGACUGGAAAAUGCACUUGCUGAGGUUCAACGAUGCGCCAGUCCUGAGAGUACAACUAGCCAAUCCAGUUUCCAAAGUGAGCGUAGCAUGUCCGUGCUGGAGAAAGUAAAUCGUUUUGAGAAACAGCAAGUCAAACCUCGCAGUCAUAGCAGCCUCUCCCACCAUGGUUCUACGAAUCAUCCAAGCCAAACGCCACGACCUUCCAGUGCCAAGAGCUCCUUCUCUGGUGUAGACGAUGUGCACAACAUGUUGGAGAGAAGCAACAGCUCGGUUCCUCAUGGGAGAACUCAAAGUACUUUUAGCAUGGCAAGUUAUGAUGGUCACAUGGAUGUGCAUCAAGAUUUCCUAACAAGACGUGGGAGUAGUGAUCACGUCCAACAUCGACAGCAACAACAGCCUGUUGUUGCCCAUAAGACCUGUCUUCAAAGAAGUAAGAGCACCUUUCAGCUUGGUGAGGGGAAUGGAAAAGACAUCCAUGGGAAAGGUGACAUUCAUGACAUCUUGGGCACCAUCCAAGACACAUCUUUUAACAGAGCAUAUAGAGACAGCAUUAAAGAUGUCCAGUCUAUUGUUCUGAGGUCAACUUCCUUCAGAAGACGUGACCUUAGUGGUAAUCCUCCACCAGUGCCAGUUAAACAAAUGUCUCUAGAACGAAAAGGACCCAGUACAAGUCCAAAACCAGCAACAACAUCCCCACACACUCCAAAGGAACGUCAUGUUGUUCCUGUUGAAGCACCAAACAGAGCCUCUCCUCCUGACCUCCCCAGUGUCCCAGCUGUUGGACCCCCAGUUAUGCGGAUCUGUGGACGCAAACGAUUCACAAUGGAGCAAAAGAAGCGAUCGUAUUCUGAGCCUGAAAACAUGCAUGAAGUUGGAGUGUUGACUCAGGAAACCAAUCAGGCUGACAGGAAGGUUCAACAGCAGUUUCUGGCAAGUGAGACGAGUGUGGCGAACAGACGCAGGAUUUUCGAGCAGGUGGCGAUUCGUAAAACUGACCCCAGAUUUUUCUCCUCCAAGCCUGAUUUGAAGCAAGUGCAACAAGAUGCACUUGUUGAGUAUAUGGAGCGCAAAACAGGUAGAAGAGUAGACGGACGUCCAAACCGCCCACAUAGCGCUUAUCUACAAUCCGCUUCUUCCUCUUCUGCUGACUCGCGAAGCCUCAUCUCCACCCCAAGUAUGAGCUCUUUGCAAGAGCCAGCAUGUGAUGGCCUCACUGGUGGUACACGUAAAUCCUCCACCCUUCCAGCUGGAAUGCAAAGCUCCUUUUACCCCCUUAGAGGAAGCCAAAACCACACACGGCCUGAGGUUUUUGGCCAGCAGUCAGAAGGCACAAAUCCUGAAUUUCACAAAUCAGGCCCAGUCCUGACUAGACCUACCCUUCCGCAGCACUUGGAAGCCACUUUUGAGAGAGUUACCUCUGCCAGAAGCUCAGGGAGGUCAGCUUCAGCUGAGGAUUUGCUGGACCGUAGUGAAGAACAUCCCAUUUCUCAGCACUUUCGAUCCAAGUCAUCUCCUGUGGAGAACUUUAGUCAGGACUUCUUAGCCAGUCAGUUGUUGAGAGUUUCCUCCAAGGAAUCCUUUGAAAACAGGGUGUUGGCGAACAUGGGACACAAACUGCCAUCAAGUUCAGCACGUAUGGAGAGGAGUUACCAGCUGAACCAGGGUCCUGUCCAGCAAAACGCACCUGUGUUGAGGCGUGAGUGUGAUGGUUCUUGUGUUGUGGCUGCGUCUGUGGGACUGCCUUGCCCUUUCACCUCUCCAAGCACUGCUCCCAGCCUCAACUGGCAUAAUGGAGACAGACUGUAUCAGCCCAACCUGGACUCUAUUGCAUUUCCCGAAACUGGCCCACAUAGUCAGAAGAGUCCACUGGGAAUGCUGCGGCAAAACUCCAGCGACACCAGCACUUCUGAAGACACCCUGAAGGACUUCCCGUGUCCGGUGGCCACGCCAUCACCUCCACACCCAGAGGUCACGGGGUCACAACUUAAUUCAAGGCCGCAAAUCCUUCCCAAGAGCCCAGUUUCCCCAACAAAGCCACUUCUCUCUCAUCAGAUCUCAUAUUCUAACCUUGUAGAUGUUCAGAGUAUAGCUGUGUCUCAAGAUGAUGAUGAAGUGUUUUUUGUGCCUCCACCAUCACCACCGCCUGCACCACUGCCCAUCAGAGAGACAGAGAUUAUGGAGGACUUCCCGCCACCUCCACCCCCAGUCGAGGAGAACGUGGAAGUGUCUUUACAGCAUCCGGGACCAUUACAGCCCAUCAGCAACCGUGAGAGCCUGACUGACGCAACAGCCCAUCCAGAGCCUGAGCGACCAUCAAACGACCGCACGACUCCAUCGGUGAGCCCCGGCAACACCGGCGCUGCCUCUCAACCCCAGUCUGAGAUACUGGGACCAGACUACCAUCUGCUGUCCAGACGAGAGCGGACACAAGCCGAGCUGCUCGUGGAGACUUUAGCCCGAGAGCUGGUGAGCCACGACAAAUCCCUCACCUCGCUCCUGGACACCUGGGCGGGUAAAACCACCCUGGAUCUGAUGGAGGACAUCUUCCCAUCACACAGCAGCCGUCUGAGUGACAGGGCUCAAGAUGGUCCAGAUACUCCCUCUCAGACUGCUCCAAGAAAAAUGGAAACCAACCUGGAUGAUGAAGAAGAUUACGUGAAUCAGAAAAAGGGGGAGCUGUUGCAGGCGCUGCAGGUGAGCAUGCGGUCGCUGCAGGAGGAGAGAGAAGGGCUCUCGGAGCAGCAGAAGCGCUUCAUGGCUCUGGGCGAGAGCAUGGAGGCUUUAGUUCAGCAGCGCUGCAAAUCCAACGAGAAAGAGAAGUACCGCAUGUUCGUCGGAGACCUGGAGAAGAUCGUCAACCUGCUGCUGUCACUGAGCGCUCGACUCGCCCGCGUGGAAAACGCUCUCAGCACGCUGGACGACGACGACGACGACGCUGCGGAGGAGAGGGAAUCGCUGCAGCUGAAGAGGAAGCAGUUGUGCAGUCAACAGGAAGACGCUCGCGAGCUGAAGGAAAACCUGGACCGGCGCGAGCGAGUGGUUCUGGACAUUCUGGCGGGUUACCUGAGCGGCCCGCAGCUGCGCGACUAUCAGCGUUACAUCCGCAUCAAACCUGCCCUUCUGAUUCGCCAGCGCCACCUGGACGAGCUCAUACGGCAGGGGGAGGAGCAAGUGCAGAGACUGGAGGAGACCCUCCCCCCUGAGUCCCGCCCACAGAACACUGACUCCGCCCCCCAAACGCCACAUUGUUCAAACUCCACCCACUUGCCACGUCCCACAACUGUGACCUCACUCUGACUCCGCCCAUCAUAGAAUGACAUCACUUACAGCUGAGGACGAAUCAGAAUCAACGCAAUGCACACUGACAAGUGCCUUAAAUGAAGGAGACUAUUUCUGACUUUUUAAAGUACGGAAGACCAUAACUGUGGUUUAUCUACACUAAACAAUUUCACAGUGCAUUUACACUACAUACUUUCGUGUAUAGCACAACACUGAAGCACAAUGCUAAUACAAAGGCACAAAAUGCCUCGUUGUGAUUGGCCGAAACACAAAUAAUUUCCAGCCCUGAGCACUUUGGAACACUUGAACCACUAUGACGUCACAAAGACAAGAAACUGUUAAACACGCGAACACUUUCGGUCUAUUUGAAAUUCCUGUUGUCGAUAAAAGCGACGGCUGAUUAUUUAUGGUUUUACGUGGUUUAGAAACUAUUUCGUACUCUGUACGUUGCUGUACAUACUCAAUCCCCUCGUGAUUUUAAAAUGUAGAUGGUUAAAGCAGAAUAGAUACUGUAUUUUUGUAAGCAAAUGACUAGCGAGGGUGUUUUUGGGCGGCUUUAACAGGUGCUAUUAUAUCUAAAUCAGCAAAAAUAAUGAUGGUUCAUCAGCACUUGAACACAAUAUCAGUACUUGGUUUUGAUAGUGAUUAGGAUGCGACAAUUCCGUUAAAACUGAAUAUUAUUCACAACUCGGCUGCAUGCAGGGUGUUUUCUUCUUCUUGGUUUGAUCACAAUGCACAUGCCCAAACUAUUUUGCCAGUAUAUUUUAUUUUAUUUGAAUUUGUGGCUGUAUUUUAUUUGGAGAACAUCUUUAUUUACGAAAUAUCUAACCCCUGCACAUCUGUAUGAAAAGGCCGCAAUAGCAGCAAACUGUUGAUGCUCGUAUUAGAAGCAUUUAUAUCGGACUGUUCUUGUAUAAGAGGCAGAAUUGCUGUUGUGAACCGUUACACAUGCAAUUGUUUUUUUGGUUUUCUGAUGGGGCUAAUCUGAAGAAGCAGUUCAGCCAUGCUUUACACUGUUUAAAAGCAAAAAGAGCACAAUUGGAAGGCAAAAUAAAUCUAUUUUUUAAAUACAA